GCUUCACUUAUAUCAUCAAAAUUAAUGUGUAUGUGUGUGUGUGAUUUAAGUAAUAAUAUUUAAUAGAAAUCUGAAUUUCAAUUUUAAAUGCGCCUUUAUCUGUUUACGAGUGGAUAGAUCUUUAAUAUCGCUCAAUCCAUUGCCCAGUGCCAAUAUCAGUGAAGAAAAAAUCCAGCUAUUUAAUACAUGUUUAACUGUUCAAUAUAGACAAUAUAGAUUUAGUACAUACAAGAAUAAUUCAGAAUUUAUCAAAAUAUUAUGGAUGACGAGCUUGAAGAUCUAAUUCUAUAUCAGACUUAUACAUCACACAUGAAGCUUAUGUCGAAGUUUGCUGUGAGCAUUCCCUCCGGGUUAAAUGCUGGGAUUAACAGUCCACUAAGUUAUCUCUAUAGAAUUAUGCGAAUUUAUGCUUUGAAGCCAGAAGUGCUUGUUUGUGGCAUGAUUCUGGCAAUUAUUUUAUUUUAUAUACAAGCUGUGGAUAUUUGGGCUAAAGCACUUCUAGGAAGAAUUCAAUAUACUCUGGGACGUACCACUAAGGUAUCCAAACUGCAAUUCCUAGUUAAUGACUCAGUGAAUAAUGCAGUAAAACUUAGUUGGGAAUUAAAACAAGGUCACAUCGCAGCAUAUGCUGUGCAAGGUCACAGGGCUCGGAUGGAAGAUCGCUUUGUAGUGAAUGAAGACGUGAACAAUACUGGAGUUUCUUUGUUUGCAGUAUUUGAUGGCCAUGGUGGAGAGUUUGCAGCCAACUAUGCUCGUGACAAACUUAUCUCUAAUAUUAAUAAAAAGGUUCUUGAAUUGAAGAAUAUGCUGGCUGGCAAAGUACUUACUUUUGAGAAUCAAUUGACUAAAGAUGAAUCAGAAAAAAAGAAAGAAGACAAUAAGAUAGAUGAAAAAUCUCCAGAGCAGAAAAGAAAAUCUUUUCGUAAAGUUGCAAGUACAUCUUUGACAGAUGAUUGUAUGAAAAAAACUAUUGAAGUGACUGAUUCAGAGUUGCUGAAUAAAUUGGAGAGUAUAACACCGAUUACAAGAAAGGUCAGACCAUGCAGACAAAAUGAGGAGGAAGUGCCCAAAGUGGACAUAAUGAAAUAUCUUGAAGGAAAUAAAAUUAAUUAUGGCAAGCUUCUAACAGAUGAAGUUCUAGCAGUUGAUCGAUUGUUGGUAGAAUCUGCUAAAAAACAUAUGGAUGUUGCUGGUACAACUGCUUUAAUUGCUCUUUUGGAAGAUAAUAAACUAACAAUAGCAAAUGUUGGAGAUUCUAGGGGAGUAAUGUGUGAUGGAAAAGGCAAUGCAAUUCCUUUGUCUUUCGACCACAAACCUCAACAAGAAAGAGAAAGGAAAAGAAUAAACAAAGCUGGUGGUUUGGUAACUUUUAAUGGUGUAUGGAGAGUUGCUGGUAUAUUAGCGACUUCUCGUGCUCUAGGAGAUUAUCCUUUAAAAGAUAAAAAACUCGUCAUUGCUGAUCCGGACAUUUUAACGUUUGAUUUGAAUGAUCAUAAUCCUAUGUUUAUAGUACUGGCAUCCGAUGGCUUAUGGGAUACGUUUUCGAAUGAAGAAGCUGUAGCUUUUAUUAAAGAGCGUAUCAAUGAACCACAUUUUGGCGCGAAAAGUAUUACACUGCAGAGUUUUUACAGAGGGUCUGCAGAUAAUAUUACAGUCGUUGUGAUUAAUUUGAAGGAUCGCAAAUACAGCAUAUCAGAGGCUAAGAAGAACCAAUUAUAAUUUUUACAAUGAAUAUAUUUUUUCAUUGUAAAAUUACAAAGAUCUAGUCAUCAAAUUUAUCUAAUUUGUUGCAUCUUAAUUAAUUUAUUACAACUCUAACACUGCAAGCAUUGGCAUA